AUGUCGGGAUUUUGGAAAUUUACAAACAAUUACGCUUCUAAAGUCAAUAAGAUUUUGGAAAAUGAAAAUGUUUCCCUUGAGGAUUUGCUUGACGAGAGAGAAACGGUCUCAGAGUUGUUAUCCUCUAAUGCUAAGUUGAUUGAAUAUAUUAGGCGACCUGAAAUUCUAGAAAAAUUGGUUGAUUUUAUUGUUGAUGACGAUGAUUAUCAGCGUAAAUCUGCAGAAUUCGAAUCCAAUAAUGAGUUCAAUAACGAAAAUAGUUCCAACAGUGGCAUAGAUGAAAUGAAUGGUUCAUCCAAUGGAAAAAUUACUGAUGAUAUAAGUAACUUUCCUUCUGAUGCUCAUGAUCAUGAGAAAGCAAAUGAAGUUGAUGCUGAAAACAAUAAUAAUAAUAGUAAUAGUAGUAAUAGUAGGAACAAUAAUAACAUUGACUUUGAGAAGCUUAGUCAAGAUGCCGAAGGCCUAGAUACUUCAAUCGUUGAUGAAGAUACUAAGAUCGAGAAAGCUGCAGCUGGAAAAGGCGAGGACAUCUAUUUGAGUAAUAAUGAGGAGGAUGACGAUGACGAAAAUCACAAUAGCGGAAGUGAAAGUGAAAGUAACAGUGAUAACGAAGCCGAAGAUAAUGAUGAAGACGAUGAAGAAGAUGAGGAUGAAGACGGGGUUGAUGAUGACAUUGAUGAAGAGGAGAAGCAUUCCAGGCGUGCUCAGGUGGCGGCUGAAAUACUAUCCAUGGACGUUUGGUCUAUCACUGAUGCUUUUAUGGAGAGUGUUGACCUGAUCAAAAAGCUAUGGUGUUUACUUGACAAAGAACCCCCAUUACCAAUUUUUUCAGCCACAUACUUUAUGAAAAUCAAUGAACAUCUACUCGACAUGAAAACCGACGAAAUGAUCCAGUUCAUACAUCAAGAGCCAAAUCUAGUUACAAGAUUUAUGAGACACAUUGAAACACCCCCUUUAAUGGAUUUUCUCUUGAAAGUUAUCUCGACGGAUAAACCGGAUGACUCAACCGGCAUUAUUGAUGUUUUAAAAGACCAAGGAUUAAUUCCAAAACUAAUCAGCUUCUUAGAUAAAAGUAUCCCUUCUUCGGUACAAAGUGCAGCAGGUGAUUUCUUAAAGGCAUUUAUAACUAUCUCUGCGAAUAAUGCUGAGAAUACAACAAUCGGACCCAAUGAAUUAACAAGGCAGCUAGUAAGUGAACCAAUGGUCAAAUUGUUAGUUGAAAAAAUGAUUCAAGGUGGUACUGGCUUAUCAAACGGUGUUGGUAUAGUAAUAGAAAUCAUUCGCAAAAAUAACUCAGAUUAUGAUCCUGUUCCUGUCGUGUAUGUCACCUUGGAAUCGCAUCCUCCCACGCCGAGAGAUCCAAUAUAUUUAGGUACUUUAGUGAAAAUAUUUGCUGAAAACAUGCCUAAAUUUACCGAAUUAUUGGAGCAAAAAGUUGAAAAAAUGCUACCUACUCCGUUUGGAGAGAUUGAACCUUUAGGUUUUGAAAGGUUCAAGAUUUGUGAAUUAGUGGCUGAAUUAAUCCAUUGCUCUAAUAUGGCUUUAUUAAAUGAUAUUAAGGGUCAGGCAAUGGUAAAGGAACGCGAUGAGAUAAGAGCUAUAUUAAUAGCAAAACAUAAGGAGUUGAUGAAAAGAGCGGAAACUGACUCGCAGAAUUCAAGUGAAGGUAUUGACGUUUCUAAGGAGAUUGAAAACUUAAAAUCUUUGAUUAAACAAGAGGGCACUGUUGAUGACACCAGUGUCGAUGAUGAAGAAGAAAAUAAUGAGAAUUUACAAAGUGGAGAAGGUGGUUUCAUAGAUAAUGAAGAAUCUUUAAGAGAACAUCCAAUUGUUGGUGAUCAAUUGAAAAUUGCAUUAUAUGACAAUAAAAUAAUAGUGACCAUAUUAGAUAUGUUCUUUAAAUUUCCGUGGAACAAUUUUUUGCAUAAUGUUGUCUUUGAUAUCGUGCAACAAAUUUUAAAUGCGACAAUGGAAAUUGGUUACAACAAAUACUUGGCAGUUGAUUUAUUUGAUAGAUGCCAUAUCACUACUGCAAUUGUACAAGGGCACAACAAAUGUAUUGAAUAUGAGGAAGAGACCGGUCUAAGAUUGGGAUAUAUGGGACAUCUAUCGUUAAUUGCGGAAGAAGUUGUCAAAUUUAUUUCCUUGGAUAUUCAUCGUACCACACCCAAGUCACAAAUAAUUGAUGAAGUAGUUAACCAAGAAGAUUGGAAAUACUACGUUGACGAAACUCUAGCUGAUAUAAGAAAUAAGUACAACGCAGUUUUAGGAAGUGACGGAAAGCAAAUGAAUGAGCAUGACAUGAAUUUGUUUCAACAGGUUUAUGGGUCGGGUGAAUAUGAUGAUGAGGAUGAAGAAGACGACGAUGUUAUACUAGAGGGCAAUGAUAAUAUGGUUAACGGAUAUAUGGAGUCAGAAGAAAAUGGAGUUGAAACAGACAAGUUUUCCAGAUACUUAGGUGAUGAGAUGUCAAAUGAUUUGAAUGGUCGAUAUGAAGAUGAAAAUGAAGGAGAAGAUGAAAAUGACACCGCACAAAAAGACACUGACGAUCUCAACCAAUCCGACGAAUUUGAAGGAGUUGUAGACUCCCAGAUGGGUGGGCAUCCAUAUCAUGAAAUGUCCGCAGGUGGUCUUGACGAUGAUAAUAUUAAAAUCGAUGAUGACUAUGAUAUAGACAACAUAAGUGAUGAUGACGAUGUCGAUGAGGAUGAAGAUGUUGGUGAUGGUAACGUUGUAGAAAGGUAUCUAUCACAUGGCGAUUACGGAGACUAUGACGAUUAUGAAGAUCCCAACGAUGAUGGGCAGUCAUACAAAAAAAUGAAUCAUCCUCUGUACCAAGCUGACGGUUCACUAAGAUCAUUAAGUAAUGAAAAAUUUUCUGGUAGUUCUUCUGAAUAA